ACGGCCUUCCUUGCUUAAAUCUUCCACAUUUGGGUGGCACCUACCUCUUCUUCCUCGUGGCCCCUCUUCUUCCCACCCUUUGGCCCCUCUGCCGCCCGGCGCUCCUUCUUUCGGUGGCCCCUCCGAGGUCCACGUCGGUCGCACCGGCCAAGAGGGACCCGGAGGCGCUCGAGACGGACACCUGGGCCCUGGGACUGCUCUCAGGAGAAGUUCCAGCUGCCCUUGGAUGUUGAGCGGAGCAGGAUAACCUAGGAGACCACCCUCCGAACCGACCACAAGCUCCAGCCAAAGAGAAGGAAGACCCUCUCCCGGUUGCCCGAGGCCAAGGAGAAGAAGGGUGGGAGACGCCAGCCUUCUGAGCAUGAUGUCCUACAUCAAGCAACCACAUUAUGCGGUCAACGGGUUGACCUUGGCUGGGCCAGGCAUGGACCUGCUGCAUUCGGCGGUUGGAUACCCCACCACCCCACGGAAACAGAGGCGUGAGCGCACGACCUUCACGCGAGCACAGUUGGAUAUAUUGGAGGCCCUCUUUGCUAAGACCCGCUAUCCGGACAUUUUCAUGCGCGAAGAAGUGGCGUUGAAGAUCAACUUGCCUGAAUCUAGAGUACAGGUGUGGUUCAAGAACCGCCGGGCCAAAUGCCGCCAGCAACAGCAACAGAGUAGUGGGCAGGCCAAGGCGCGUCCGACAAAGAAGAAAACCUCUCCGGCCCGGGAGACCAGCUCCGAGACCAGCACCAACGGUCAGUACAGCCCUCCGCAGACCGGCACUUCGGUGACGCCCGUCUCGAGCGCCAGCGCCACCGUCUCCAUCUGGAGCCCGGCCUCCAUCUCCCCGAUCCCCGACCCACUCUCCUCCUCCACCACCCCUUGCAUGCAGCGCUCCACCGCCUACCCCAUGACCUACACCCAGGCCCCCGGCUACACUCAGACCUACGCCGGCUCCACCUCCUACUUCAGCGGCCUUGACUGCAGCUCCUACCUGUCCCCCAUGCACCCGCAGCUGUCGGCACCCGGAGCCGCCCUGAGCCCCAUUGCCACCCCCACCAUGGGCAGCCACCUGAGCCAGUCCCCGGCCUCUCUCUCCAGCCAGGGCUACGGGGCGGCCGGGCUGGGCUUCAGCUCGGUGGAUUGCUUGGACUACAAGGACCAAGCAGCAUCGUGGAAGCUCAACUUCAACGCCACCGACUGCUUGGAUUACAAAGAUCAAAGCUCUUGGAAGUUCCAGGUCUUGUGAAAAGGUGGUCGGCAUCACGUCCUUUUUUGUUUUUUUCAAAGAAGCUUCUCCUCCCUUUUGCAUUUUAGCAGCUUGGGACAGUCUCCUCUGUCCACGCUUGGCACGAGACCCAUCGCUUUUUCUCCGCUCCUAUUCUUGGUUUUUCCAGACGCUCUCCUUCCCGUCUCUCACCCUUGUCCAAUCCUUCCUCGACCGGCAUGUAAAGACUUUGGCACCGCUUUUUCUUUGUUCUCCUGCGCUGUUUCCGGAGGUCCUCGUCCAUCCCCAGGAAAGAGGAGGUGGAUCCGCGCAGAACUUAGGAACUCGCAAUACAGCCUUAGCGCCAUCUGCUCUGGCCUUGGACACGCUGCUCCCGUAGACGCUUGGCCUGGACUCAGUGACUAGGGUGGCAUUGAAAACAUUGGACUGAGAGAACCAAGGACCUGGAUGGGGAUGAAUGGGACUUGACUGAUGAUGGACGUUGGCGUUUUCAUGUUGGAGAUGGCAAGUUGUACAGCUGGACAAAGAGAAGUUUGCAAGAGAGCCGGGGUUGCAGAAAUCACGUUGUCAUCCCUCUCUCCGAAAUCAUAUUUACCAAACAAACCUGGGAAAGAAGAAGCGACAGAUGGGUUCCAUUCUCGAGGUGGCUGGGCCCUUAUCUCUUCCAAAUGCGGACUUGCCGUCGCAAGAGGAGUCAAUACGGAGCAACAAGCAAUGGGCCAUCGACUACGGCAGUGGUUCUCAGCACCUCAGAUGUCUCUUUUCCCCAUCAACGUCAGACCAGGAUAGUGUUAAGGGCAUCUUGUCGGCACGAGGCUGAAACUCGCUUUUUCCUCCUGUUUCUGCAGAUGUGAAAAACUAACGCUGCUGUGUAAGAAAAUAGGAAGCAAACCACAGCUCAAGCUAGCUCAAUAUUAUCUCUUCUGAUUAGUUUUCCUUCCAUGUGUUAAGACAAGAAGGUUUUAUAGGUCGUAUCUGGACACGUCAAAGAGAUAUUCUGCACUAUUUCCCAGUUACUGCCCUUCCCCAAUGAAAAGAAAGAAAACUGCCUUAUGCAGAGUCAAAUGAUCAGUCUCAUAGGAUCCCAAGGUUCUGAAUUUUAAACAAGACUAGGAACAUAGGAAAGAGGGUUAUAGUGACUCUAUUUCCUUCGGGUAACUUCAUCUCACCUUGGAUACCCUGCCUGGCAGUGUUGCAGACCAGAGGGAUUUUCCUAUUUGUAUUGAGAGAUAUUGGGAGCUGGUUUUCUGCACUGGAAGAGAGGAAACAACCCUUAGACCAGAGCUUUCCAAACAUUUCACGUUGGGGACCACACUUUUAAAGCAUGCAUCGUUUUGCGAUGCAGUAAUUCAGUCCAAAUGCUUGAACCAAAUGCUUAUGAGAGAUAUAAACACAUAUAUCCAUUUAAAUAACAAAACGUAUGGAGACGCAAUGUAUGGAUAUGCAUAUAUAUAUAUAUAGCAUAUUUCACAUAGACUCAGAGGUGUCCUGCUAUGUUCGCAUGACACACCUACAAACUGUAGCCGACAUGCUAUAAUGUAGGCAUGGGCAAACUUGGGCAAAUUCAGGUGUUUUGGACUCCAACUCCCACCAUUCCUAACAGCCUCAGGCCCUUUCCUUUUCCCUCUCAGCCGCUUAAGCGGCUGAGGGGGAAAAGGAAGGGGCCUGAGGCUGUUAGGAAUGGUGGGAGUUGGAGUCCAAAACCCUUGGAGGCCAACAUUUGCCCAUGCCUACAUUAUAGCAUGUUGGCUACAGUUUGGAAAGCUCUGCCUUAGACUGAGUCUUGUUUCAUCUCCUGCUUUCUGACAUUUCAGACAGAAUUCCUUUUCAGCCCAAUCUGGAAAUCCAUGGUCAUCUCCCAUCAGAACCGGCCCUAGGUAAUUUUCAAGUGUAGGCGAACAGAAUUUUGGCGCCCCCCCCCCCCCAUACCAAUCACUGAAAAAUAAAAGUGUUGGAUAAGCGAAAACGUUGGAUAAUAAGGAGGGAUUAAGGAAAAGCCUAUUAAACAUCAAAUUACAUUAAGAUGUUACAAAUUAAGCACCAAAACAUCAUGUUUUACAAGAAAUCAACAGAAAAAGCAGUUUUGACCGUCUCCCAUUCAAGGACCUCCUUAGCUUCCAAAAUGAGAGGAAAUAUAAGUGUGUUCAGGGCACCAUAUGAGCUAUAGCUUUGUGCUUGGAGAUGGGAAGCGUACCAUGGAAUCCCAAAUAUGUUUUCCUGCUCUUUCCUUAUUUCAUCUUAAUCAGCGUAGCUAUAAGGAUCAGUAUUAGCAUUAGAAGAUAUCAGAGUGCUUGGAGCGAAAGCCCAGUUGGUCUUACAUUUAGUUUUAUGGGUGGUGAAAAUGGGGAUAGAUGGAGCCGAACUAUAUCAAAGUAUAUAGUCAAGAUAGCCAAAUUUCUUAAUAAUAAGAAAGACAACACAAGCCAGAAGAGACUGCAUCAGCUUCCUUUUGCUUGAUCCCAUUGGAAAGGCAAGAUUGUCCUACUAAGUUGGAUGCAAAUUACUUUUGCACUUUGAACUAAGUUUGCAGCAGUUGAAACAAGCUUGGGGGAAAGGAAAAGAAAGUGAGGAACUGAAGUCUCUCCAUGGGUCCUGAUAAUGGCUGAUACAUUUUUUGAAUGACACAAAUGGUAUACUUUGUCAUUGGUCCCAAUCAGAAGUGCUCUUUGGGAAGUUUAAUUUUUCCCAGUAGUAUACAAAUCACAAAGCGCAGUCAUCACUGGAGAUAUUGUAAGUACCGGUUUGGGGAAAGUUGUCCUUCAAAGCAUAGAAUAUCUUUGCUAUCUGUGCAAUUAAAUCUUGCCAAUUUUUUUUGCUUUGGUUCAGAAGAUGUAAAAUCUUCUUUUAAAAAUACAGGUCCAUAUACCUCUAAAAUUGCAUUGAAAUGCCCUUUUAAAAUAAAGUGAAAAAUACGAUUUUUUGGGACCAUAAGAAAUGACAAUCUUCCCUCUGUAAUGGGCAUGGGCAAACUACGACCCUCCUGGUGUUAUGAACUACACGUCCCACAAUACUGGCUGUUAGGAAUUGUGGGAGUUGAAGUCCAAAACACCUGGAGGGCCGAAGUUUGCCUAUGCCUGCUCUAUAGUCUUGUUGCUUUUGGAAAGGAACUGUUAAGUCCUUGUUUGUAAAGGAAAGUAACUUGUUUGCAGGUAGUGUUGUGUUUUUCUACUCAGAAAUACUUACUCAAAGACAUAAAAGAGGUUUCAGCUAGCAAAGUUACUCAAGUAUAUGAUCAGAAGUAAACCAAUAAAAUGUUGUAGUUAGCUGCCGUUACAGUUUCUAAAAACAUCCCUUUUACAAAAUGUAACAACUAUAGCUACAGUUAGUUUUAAAUAUCUGAAUGUAGCAGCAUAAGCCAGAACUUGAAGCAUGUGGUAUUCCUCCAUAAUAAUAAUCAUAAUAAUAAUAAUAAUAAUAAUAAUCAUCAUCAUCAUCAUCAUCAUCAUCUAUAUAUAUAAAAGGGUAAUGACAUUUCGGCCUAGGACAAAACAACAAAACUACACAUCCCAGAAACACUAAACUUGGCAGCACAACCCCUCAUCCAUGCCUCUACGUUCAUACAACAAAAAGAAAAGAAAAAUAAAGUCCUAAUUAGAGGGAGAAGAAUAAUUGUUUUUAUCCAAUUGCUGCCAGUUAGAAGGCUAAGCUCUGCCCACUUGGUCUCCUAGCAACCCACUUACCCUGGGGACUGGCAGAGUUAGGCCUCACUUAGGCCUCUUCCACACUGCCUAUAAAAUACAGAUUAUCUGAUUUUAACUGGAUUAUAUGGCAGUGCAGACUCAAGGCCCUUCCACACAGCUAUAUAACCCAUUUAUAAUGGACUUAAUGUCAGGGGAAAAGCUUUACCCUUUACCUUAACUACCACCAAUUCCUCAAUACUUUAUUUCCCAUACCACCAUACUUCACCACAGCAACGCGUGGCCGGGCACAGCUAGUAAUAAUAAUAUAAUAAACUUUAUUUGUAUCUCGCCCCCACUCCCAAAAGGGACUCAGGGUGGCUUACAACAAAAAUACUAUAUACAUAGUAAUAAUGGCAACCAAAACAACACAAAACAACAAAUCCCUAUAACUAUAAAAGUAACUAAAGUGUCACAGUCACCUCCUAAAAAGAGUGAACGCAUCCAUUAAUGCAUAAUGUGACUUAGGUAUACCCUAAUUAUGGGUAAAAAGGAACUAUAAUCACACAAUCAUAAGAGUUGGAAGAGACCCCAAGGGCCCUUCAGUCAAACUGCAUUCCGCCAUGCAGGAAGGCACAAUCAAACCCCUCUCAAUAGAUGGCCACCCAGCCUCUGCUACUUGCAACUGACUUCUUGCCUGUAAACCAGGAUUCCAAACCUGGUUAUACCUAGAGAUCUCUAUAUUGCUCUAGAGUAGAGAUUAAAGCCAUCCCUCCAUAUCUGUUAACUUGAGAUCACAUCUCUCAAGGCGUUUCUAGGCUUUCUAGCAUGAAAUGGAAAAUAGCUAUAGAAUCGCACUGGAGGACUUAGAGAAUCCUAAUGUUUUAAAUCAAAUCCCUGAACCAUCAAAUCCGCAAAACAUCAAAACUGAAAAUGUGGAGUCAAAACUAUGUAUCUAAAGAUUGGAGAAAGUUGAAAUAAAGUGGGAGGAAAUUCCACUGUUGAAAAGAAUUGAUACACACAGUUCUGAUGAUUCUCUCUUCUUAACCUGGGAUGGUCAACUUUGUGGCCAUUAGGGGUAACUUUAAUAGAAAAAGAGGUUAAUUUCUACAUAGUGAAAAGCUUCAUUGUGUAAAUGAAAGGUUUCAUACCCAUUUCAAGGGUGUGUUUUACAUUGUAAAGUUAAUGCAGUUCGACACCACUUUCACCGCCAUGGCUCAGUGCCAUUGAAUCCUGGGAGUUGUAGUUUGACAAGAUCUAUAACCUCCAGGUCAGGACAUUCUUUGGUAUUUUCCUUUGGUUUUUGGAUUCGGGCAAAACCUGAAGUGGAAAUUGAUAUGUAUUUUUUCUAACAAAUAACCCUGUUCAUUAGUUUGCUGUGAGCUUUCUGGGCUGUAUGGCCAUGUUCCAGAAGCAUUCUCUCCUUAUGUUUCACCCUCAUCUAUGGCAGGCAUCCUCAGGUGGUGAGGCAGGAAGCAGCCACGCUUUGAAGCUGCAAGACCAUUUAUUGCUAAUCAACUGCAACAUUCACACUUGCCUCAAGAAGACGAGAAUGCUUUCUCCCACCUUGGACAUUAUUCCACAGAUAUAUAAACCCCACUUGCCUAGUUUCCAACAUCUCACAACCUCUGAGGAUGCCUGCCAGAGAUGUGGGCAAACGUCAGGAGAGAAUGCUUCUGGGACAUGGCUGGAAAACUCACAGCAACCCAGUGAUUCUGGCCACGAAAGCCUUCAAAAACCCUAUUUAUUUUGAACUGUACCAAUAUUUUGCUGUUCAAUUUUAUAUUGUGUUCAAAACAAAAUUGGAUGAAUUCUUCUAGAAGUGAGGCAUAUGAAUGGGGGCAAAGCCUCAUCUUUUCUGGUUAUGUUUCCAAUUUCAACAUGGAUUUUAUAUUUAAAAGCCUUUGAAAACAUCAAACAGGGUUUGGUAAAUAUUUGUAAGAUAAUGAUGAUGCCUCCCUCUUGCUCGAAUACUUUAAAGAACUGAGCUUUCUAAAAAAUUUUUUUUAAAGAGAUCUAUUUUGUAAAUGUUGUUAGAACUUUCCUUUUUAGCCUAGUUUUCUUAGUCGUUAACAAAACACUGGAAAAGAAACAACUGUCUUUUUGCUGUAGAUGAGAAGCAUUUCCAUGCAAGUUAAUAUAUAUUUCUUUCUCUGAUGGUUCUCUCUUAUUUAUUAUUGUUUUAGUCUGUGAUAAGCAAUUUUCUGUACAGUCACAAAAAAAUUGUUGGUGGUUUAAAAAAAAGAGAAAAAUAUUAAAAUGUAAAAAAAAACACCUAGGUAAAAAAA